UCCAAUCAAUUAUCAGCAAAAAGGGGGGAGACCUGCGAACUGAAAAUUGGAAGCCAAAGUUGAAAUCGCAGGGAAAUGGGUAACAAGUUGCGCCGCCAACCACAAAGAGUUGAAGCAGACGAGGAGGUGAAGAACGAGCCUGCCCAAAAGAGGAAGCACCAAUCCUCCUGGCCCUUCUGGCGGUUGGUCUACUGGCUGGGGGUCCUCCUCCUGGUGGCUGCCAUCGGAGUGGGCUUGUACUUUACCCUCAAGUCCGACUUCGGCGAGUGCUCCGCGUACGAUGUUCGCUGCGAUUGAGGGGCGAUUGAGGUGCGCUGCCUCCGGCGGUACAGAAACUUUCGGUGGGCCAUCAAGAGUCCCUCCACUCCACAGCCUUAUUGUAUUUCAAUUAAUUAAGACCACUCUUGAAACCUUUUAGUUACAUUGGAUAAGCAAAAAAUAAAACUCUGCCGUUUCGUUCCCAGAUAUUUGGAUGUUUCCCGUAGUAGUUGGAGUUUAUAACUAUAGCAACACUGGAAGAUCCUUUAUGUUUUACACCUUGCUAUUAUUUUUGUCUACAUAACCUUGACCGAUUUGUAUACUGUACAAGAUUAAAAAACAUAAUCAAUAUCGUAUUCAGUUAUAAAAUUCCUGGCUUUUAAUAUUUAUGGUUUAACUUUUUUUUCUUUUGAAUGCUUGCUUUUAAUAUACUCUACAGGAUUUGUGAAAAUAAUCAAUAUUGGAUUUAUUUGUAGCGUUUCUGGCAGGCAAAUAUGUGUGGCAUUACUUUUUGUUGGGCUGCGGUUUGGCUUUAAGUUUGGUUAUUAUUUUGCUAUCAAUUCAUACGCACUCAUAUACGCACCAAAUGCGGACUCUUCCAGUCAUAUCUUAAUUAAAGCCAGAAAAUAACACCCCAACCUUCCAGCCCUUUUUUGUUGUUAACAAAUACAAAGGCAAGGACGAAGCCACACACUUUCAUAUCUCCUCUUCGCCAUGCAGAUACAUUUUGAAUUUCGUGUAUGUGGAAGUGUGUAUCUGUGAUGCCAUUCAAACUUAUUGGAGCGCUUCCUUUUGAUGGCGCUCUGGUUGACUCUUCAAUGGCGAAACACUUUUUAGUUGAAUGAAGCUGAUGAAUGCAUAUAUUUGGACAAAUACAAAAAUCCCGAUGCACCA